AUGACAGAUUCUAAUCUUUAUACUACGGCAAGUCCGCCUGAUAAAGCUAUAAAUCCUUUUGACGCUAUAGUACAGGCACGACCAGUAGCAUAUGCAGGAAACGAUCCCACUACUGAAUUCUUCUACCGCCCAAGGACUUUGACAGUACUAGCCGCCAUGUUGUUCGGUUUAGUGUAUGUUGCAAUGUAUCCAGAAGCCGAUGAUACAGCAACAAAUAUUAAAUUUGGAACUUGGGCAGGAAUUUCUUCUUUCCUUCUUUUUGCGAUGCUACAAUUCCGAGAUGGACCAUUUAUUCGACCGCAUCCUGCAUUCUGGCGUGUAGUUUUAGGUCUCGGUGUUCUAUAUCAAAUGUUUCUUGUAUUUCUUUUAUUUCAGAAUCAACUUGAUAUAUUUGUUAUAUAUCAUAUUGUUGGAUGGUAUGCAAAAGCAGUAGUUCUUCGAGAUUAUUGGUUUUGUUGGAUUUUAUCAGUAAUGUUUGAAUGGAUUCUCGAUGUUCUUAUAUGUAAUUGGGCCGGCCUUUAUUUUGGUAUGAAGACUUGUGAAUAUUUUCAGAUGAAAAAUUAUUCGUGGAGAGGAAUAAAACAAAUUAGUUCUCUAAAGGGAAAAGUAAAGCGCACUGUUCAACAAUUUACGCCACGUGAAUGGACCAGCUUUGAAUGGGGAACGACAAAAAGUUUUAAAAAUUAUAUUGCAGUUAUUGGACUUUUAUUUGCAUUUUUGCAAGUGGAGUUAAAUUCCUUUUAUUUGAAAUAUCUGUUAUGGAUACCACCGGAUAAUCCAAUCAAUACAUAUCGCGCAACUUUACUUUUCAUGUGUUCUAUUCCUGCUACACGCGAAGCAUAUCAAUAUCUUACGGACAAGGAAUGCAAAAGAUUUGGACCACAAGCCUGGCUAACAAUAGCAACUAUAAUGACCGAAUCCGUAAUAUGUUUUAAACUUGGCCGAGGAGAAUUUCCAAAUCCUGUGCCUACAUAUGUAGUAAUAUUUUGGAUAAUAUUAGUUAAUUUAUUGAUUGGAUACGCUAUUUGGCAAUUUGGGAUACCCUAUUUGAAGGAACGAAUGGAAUCAUCGACGAAAGAACAAACGGAAAUAUCUGAGUCGCCUUCUGACGAGAGGCUACUAAAGGACAAGAAAAUGUGA